AUCAAGCAUGUCAAAUAUUUCUCGCACAUGACGUCACCAAUAAACAUGGAAAUGCUCUUGCACCCUGCCAUGUAUCACAGAGGUUACAAGCACGUGUUAGAAGACACCUGGACCGAGGGUAGGCCUGAAACUUAAGAGGUAUAUCAGUUUGUAAAGUGUUCAAUAAGUUGCUUGGACAGACUGCGUUCUAUGACGGUGAAGAUGAAAUUUACAACUGUGCGACCCCUACUGGUAAUCGUCAUCAGUGCUUUGGUAAUGCACCUAUCGGUAGAAGGCUCUGCUGCUGUAUCUGGUCUGGCAACUAAGUCAAGUAACUCACUUGCUUUGAAAUUAUUCCAAUAUUUUGCAACGUCUGAUAACGUAUUCUUCUCGCCAUUUAGUAUUGCAACGAUAAUGGGUAUGACUUACUUGGGAACCAAAAACAGCACAGCUGCCCAGAUAAGAAAUUUGUUUGACUUGGAAGAAGGUGGUCUAAUGGAUGAAGAGUUCCAUGAAAGUUUUCGCCAGCUUAUUGCAUCAGUUUUGGAACGCAAACAACACUACGAACUAAAAACAACAAAUGCUUUUGUCAUACAAAAAGGAUUUGAAAUUGAGCCUAGUUACAAAACUGAGCUGGUUCAAUUUUAUAAUGCUUCAAUUCAAAACGUAGAUUUUCAGGAAGAUCCUGAAACGACAGUUCAGUGGAUAAACAGUUGGAUUAGAUGGAAGACGCAGGACAAAAUACAAAAGAUGUUUUGGAGUCCGUUAAACCCAUUAACUCAACUGCUACUUCUAAGCAUUGUGUCUUUUAAAGGAUCGUGGCAAAAAGAAUUUGAUGGGAGCAAAACCAGAUUAGAAAGUUUUUACAAUAAUGGUACAAACGAGACACAAGUGUUUAUGAUGCACAAGAAGAGCAAGUUUCCGUACGGGUUUGAUCCUGAAUUGGACGCCUUUAUCCUUGCGUUGCCUUAUACAGGCUGGGAUCUCAACAUGAUCUUCGUCCUUCCUCGUGAAAUGCAAGGUUUAAGUAAGUUAAGGGCAGUCUUAAGUCUCGGAAAGUUUGAAGAUGUUGUUUCGCAACUACACGAAACCGAAGUAGAAAUAUCUAUUCCCAAGUUUAAGAUGGACAAGGAAUAUGAAUUGGAAGAACCUUUUCGAAAAUUAGGCCUUACUAAUGUUUUUAUUCCAGGAGUUGCCGACUUUUCGAGACUUACCACUGCUGGAGAUCUUUACCUGUCCAGCAUACGACAUAAGGCUUUGUUGGAAGUAGAUGAACAAGGAAGUAAAGUCGUUGUUAGCACGGCUUCACUUGUUGAGACAUUGUCUUUAAAACCAUCUUUCAUUGUUAAUCACCCAUUUCUCUUCUUCAUUCGGGAAAACCGGAGCGGUUUGAUUUUAUUUUUAGGACAGGUGAAUGACCUUUAAACCACCACCACCCCCUUUUUUUUCUAAACCAGAAAGAAUUGGAACAUUUUCUAAAUUUCGUUGGUUUAGUUAUCAGACUAUUUCAAGUUUCGAAAACUAGUUUAAUUGGAAUGUAUUUAACAAAAUUCACGA